AUGACAGUCUCAUGGCCUCCAUCCACAGCCAACCCAUUGGGUAUCGCCACCUUAUCACUCGGCAACUGGCGAGAACAUGGUUUGGAGCCACGACUGGAAGCCGCGGCGAAAUCAGGAUAUCAAUGGAUCGACUUGUUCGAUGAGUGCUGGGCUGCUUACCUCGAGGAACAUGGCUUGCCUGGAGACCAACUUUGGGAACCGACUGCCGAGAAUCUGCAGGUUGCUCGGAAAUUGGCUCGUGUUGUCAAGUCACUGGGAAUGAGGAUUGCUUGCACCCAACCUCUCCGGAAAAUCGAGGGAAUCAAAGAUCCAGCCGAACGACAGGCUACCUUGAAUCUAGUCGCCAAACGAUUUCCAUUCAUGCGCGCCUUUGACACCGAUCUUGUCUUCAUGUGUGCAAACAUCCGCACGGAUGAGGGAGUGACAUCCGAUCUCAAGAUGGUCGCGAGAGACCUCGCAGAACUGGGCGACAUGGCGGCCGCAUAUGCAAAGGCCGAUGGUGGACGCAUGUUGAAGAUCGGGUACGAGGGGUUAUCAUGGGCAACUCGAAAUACGUGGUCAGCUUCAUGGGAAGCUGUGCGAUUUGCCAACCGCGCUAACGUUGGGUUGAUUGUGGAUGCUUUCAAUAUCCUCGCCGUUGAAUUCGCUGAUCCGUAUAAUGUUGCUGGCCACGGGCGGAUCUACCCAACCUUAGAGGAAUCUCUAGAUGUCCUUACUGGAUCACUCGCAUCAUUGGUAUUGACGGUACCGGGUGAUCGGAUAUUCUUUUUCCAAUGUGGCGAUGCGGAGUUGAUGAACCCGACGACGUUCCUCCCUCCAACUGACCCGGAAACACCAGCACUGCUCCCAUGGUCGCGAAGUCACCGACUAUACCCUCUUGAGCAGUCUAAGGGUGCUUAUAUGCCGGUUGAGCUUGUCGCAGCUGCUGUGCUUGCCACCGGAUAUCGAGGGCCAAUCUCGCUUGAGGUGUUCAAUGCAUCACUGAACCAACCCGGACGAAACGUUCCGGCGGAGCAUGCUUCCAGAGGAAUAAAUGGUCUUCGUCUCUUGUCCGAAACUGCGAAGUCGAUGCCAGCGUUUUGGCAAAGUCAUGGUGAACGUAAGAGUGCCAUCGCACAAGUGGUACGACGGCUACAGUCAGAUGAGCCCAAAAAUAAGCUAUGA